UCAUAUUUUACAUCCAGCGAGAAGAAACCCCAAAUCUUGUUCGAAACUGGAUUUCUUCUUGUGCAUUCAAAAUCAGUCAAAAAUCACAUCUCCGUUACCAACUCUUCACCUCAAAACCCUUCCUCUCCUCGAUCUCCAACUCUGGUGAAACAAUUUCAGCAUAUCUGAAGUUAUUUCUUCUACAUUACUUUGAAUUCAUAGCUUCGGGUGAAUGCAAAGUGCAAACACUUGGUUGCUUUUCCGUGUUAGUUGGAGGUAGAUAGAUAAUGUCAAAGAUGGAUGUGAAAUCGCUAUAUUGAAAUAGUGGCUUUUGUCUUGUUAGCUGGAAAUGAGCAGGUCUCCGUCUUUUUCCCCAAGGGAAUCCAAUGCAAAUGUUGACCCUGAGUCUAUGCAACGGUGGAUCGUUGCGUUUUGCAUAAUUAGGUUUGAUCUAGAGCAGGGGCAGCUUAUCGAAGAGUGUUAUCCGCCCGGUUGUCUUACUCCUGAAGAGGAGCUUGAUGUUGCUUUCAGUUCGUUUCCGGAUUCAGUUUCCCAACAUCAUAAUCGAUCAAGCAUCCAUGACUGCAUGUUCUUCUUUAGAGUACAGCGACGAGGGAGUUUUCUUGGUGAAGAAGUUUCAUCGGGCGAAAAGGUACCAAAAAGGAAAAAUGGUAACGAAAAAGGGCGUGAUGCGAAGUACUUGUAUGGUUUUGUGUUUAACAGACAAAGGCAUGAUGAAAGGCUAAAACGAGGCGGUGAACAAAAAUCAGUGGUAAUUUUAUCACAUAGUCCGUAUUCUAGUUUAUUUAAACCAUUAUUGCAAAUCAUGGGUCCAUUAUAUUUCGACAUCGGAAGGAAAGCUUUAGAUUGUAUCGCUGCUUCGGUCUCAACAUGGGCUUCACCGUCACCUGGUCAACUCAUGGAACUUCCUAUCGGUAAUGCUACACUCAAAGUCAACUUGCCACCUGUCCACAGCUUAUCCUUUGACGGCGAGGUGUCAUUUGAAGAGUCAGCAUCCUCAAUGGCCCCACUUCUUCCUACAAAUCAGUCGAUUCCGUACGGGCUUUUUCACGAUUCAGAUGUUUUUGGGAUUUUCAAAGGGAUUUUAUUACAACUUUGGUUAUUAUGGGAACUGUUACUUGUUGGUGAGCCUAUUUUAAUAAUAGCACCAACGCCCCCACAAUGUUGUGAAGCAGUUGCUAGUUUAGUUAGUUUAAUUGCUCCACUUUUCGUUAGCGUUGAUUUCCGGCCGUAUUUCACCAUACACGACCCGUGUUUCGCCCGUUUAAACUCACUCCAAGAAGGCGACACUUUCCCUCCAAUGAUUCUAGGUGUUACAAAUCUUUUUUUCUUGAAAUCGCUUCGUAACAUGCCGAACAUAGUGUCAGUCGGAAGCCCGUCUCCCAAUUCGACCCGGCUCCCCUUCGCUUCACGGGCCUCAACGGGGCGAAUUUCGGGCCGACCCGAAGGUUUUGGUUUUCCACAACUGAACUUAAAGAAGUUUUCUCCUUCAAGUUUGAUAAACGCUGUAAAAUUAAGGAGAGAUGGCCCACUUUGUCUCAUGACAGAACAUAAAGAAGCAGUUUGGAGCGGUUACGUGCCGAUUACGAAACCGGACACGUCUAUUUUGAACAGACUUGUUGAUGCAGGGUUGUCACCAAGGGUAGAAGAGUCAAUGUCGGUUGUUAACAAUGAGAUAUUACGCCGCCAUUUCUUGGAGCUUACUACUAAUUUUUUAGCUCCGUUUGGCCCGUAUUUUCGGUCUAAUACGCCUUCUGUGGGGUCGUCUCCGUUUGUUGAUCCUCCCCCUUUACUUGCUUUUGAUGCCGAUGAAUUUCUUGCAAGUUUAUCAACUAGAGGUCCCGGGAAGUUUUUAUCGAAGAGAAUGAAAUCUAAUUGGCUAGAUCUCUACAGGCGGUUCAUGAAAGGGCACAACUUCAAGCCGUGGUUUCAAAGAAAACGAGCUGUGGCUGAACAAGAACAAUGCAGGUUGUGGAGACAAGCAAGAAUGAAUGCUGACAUACAAGUAUUUAUCAACAAAUCUUCUGAGCUGGAAAUUGUUGAAACGUUUAAUGCGAUUGAAAGGCAUCUUCUUGCCGAAAUGCAGGAAGAUAAAAACGCCGUCGAUCAAUCCAAAGCGACGUACCAUAAACUCAAAGGAGAUCUGCAGGCAGUCUUCAACGUCCUUCCCCAAGACAUGCAGCAUCUUCUGCUAAUGAACCCUGAUAGGGCCACUCUUUUACAAUAACACUCCUUAAAAAGAAAAAAAAAACAUUUUUUUUUCCAAUUCCACAUAGUUAAUACCCGCUAGAAAACCUGUAUCAUCUACUCAGGUCAACCCAUGAUCUUCAUGCUAGAUAAUUGGAGGAAAAUUUGAUACAGCUGAUGGGUAUAAAAAACUGUCAAAUAUUCUAUGUUUCUAAGAAGGAAACAUAUUGGCAUCACUUGGGUUAGUGUGUUUUUUUUAUUCGGAUGUUUUCGGGAUUGUGGAAUGUGUAUUAUGCAAAUGGGCUGCCCAGAACCAAGUUUUCGGGUAACAAUGUAUUAUAUGGUCGCGGUCAACUGGUCUAGUGAAUUUGUAUUUUAGAAGUAGUCAUGUUCCGAUAAUGAUUCUCUUAUUGCCGCUUUCCAGGUUUAACAAUUUGUUGAUAACAUUUUUCAAUUUCAAUCUGGCAGCUUGUUUUCAUUUGUUUA